ACCGCUUCCGGGGCGCUGCGGCACCGGCGGCGGAGCACGCACCGGCUGCAGGGACCGGCCGGGCCGCGGCCGGAGCGGCGCCAUGGCUGCGGACUCGGAGGUGCUGCACUUCCAGUUCGAGCAGCAAGGGGAUGCCGUGCUGCAGAAGAUGAACCUCCUGCGGCAGCAGAACCUCUUCUGCGACGUCUCCAUUUACAUCAACGACACGGAGUUCCAGGGGCACAAGGUGAUCUUCGCCGCCUGCUCCACCUUCAUGAGGGAUCAGUUUCUGCUCAAUCAGUCGAGGCAGGUGCGGAUCACCAUCCUGCAGAGCGCCGAGGUGGGCAGGAAGCUGCUGCUGUCUUGUUACACAGGCGCGCUGGAAGUCAAAAAGAAGGAGCUGCUGAAAUACCUCACCGCCGCGAGUUACCUCCAGAUGGUUCACAUUGUGGAGAAGUGCACGGAAGCUUUGUCAAAAUACUUGGAAAUCGAUGCUUCAAUGGAGAACGGUAACCAGGCUGCAGAGAGGUGUCAUUCCUCAGAUGCAGAACUGGGAAAUGGGGAUGAGGUUUUAGAUAAAGAUUGUGAAAUAAUUGAGAUCUCUGAAGACAGCCCAGUGAAUGUAGAAUACCCUGUGAAGCAGGAGAAGGGGGAUGUCUCGCAGCCUGCAGUGCAGAGCUUGGUCUCAGAAAGAAAGGACACGAAAACCCCAGAAAUAUCAACAGUUGAAAUUGGAUAUAAGGACGAUGAAAUCUGUAUCUUCAGAAUGGAUUCCAUGAGUGUCGCGAAUGUAGAAAAUGAUCAUUUUCCUCAGCCUUGCACCUCCUCUAAAACAAAUUUAUAUUUUCCAGAAACCCAGCAUUCCUUGAUAAAUUCUACGGUUGAAAGCAGGAAUACAGAAAUGUCAGGAAAUCACUUUCAGGCUUUUGUCAGUGACAAUCCAGAAGGAACUUCUAGUCUGAUGAAUGGCUUCCAGAGCUUGGAUGAUUCUGGCAGCUCGUGGCGGCACCAGUGUCCAAAGUGUCCGAGGGGAUUUCUGCAUCUUGAGAACUACCUUAGACAUCUAAAAAUGCACAAACUCUUCUUAUGUUUGCAGUGUGGCAAAACAUUUACGCAAAAGAAGAAUCUCAACAGACACAUCCGGGGGCACAUGGGUAUCCGCCCCUUCCAGUGCAUGGUGUGCCUGAAGACCUUCACUGCCAAGAGUACGCUUCAGGAUCACCUGAAUAUACACAGUGGUGACAGGCCCUACAAGUGUCAUUGUUGUGACAUGGACUUUAAACACAAGUCUGCUCUUAAAAAGCAUUUAACUUCUGUUCAUGGAAGGAGUAGCAGUGACAAACCAAACCUGAACACUAUUACAAAAGUUAAAAUAGACUAUGAUUAAUAGAUGGGUGGUUGCGGAGCCAGGCUCCACAAAAAGCUCCUGCCUAGUGAUAUUCUAGAUGAAAUUAUACAUACAGAUCCCCGGAGAAUGGAGAGAAGCACAAAUACCUGACUGGUGAUCAAAGACAGGCCUUGCAAGCAGCAAACUUUCCUGCUGUGUUAAGGUUGCUAUUGCUGUAAGUGUGAAAAAGGUGUUUAGUAGUUCAGAGUAAACUGCAAAUUAAGGAAAUAAUUUCAUGCUUCUCUUCUAUUAUUCUGGACACAUUCUGAUUUCACAUCCCACCCCCAACCCCCCAGUUAUGUUUUAUACUCCCCUGUUUCAAGGGAAGGCACUGCUGGUUCUUAAAACUAUUACUGAUACUACAAUAAGCUGAAGCCUGAGCUGUGAUGUUCGUGAUCUGUAAUGGCUAAGGAAAAGGCAUGUUUGUAUUCAGCAAGUCAGUCAUUCCCACCCAGUUCAUGUAUCAUUUAUGGUGAAACUUAUCUCCUUACUUGCCCAAACUUUGCUAGAUCUUUCAGCAGAAAGGAGGCAUGUUUUCAUACUCAAAUCCGUGAUAUUUAAGAAAGAGCACACAAAUAAUCAAGGAAGCUUUCAAACUGCCUCUUUCAAAUAGGCAAUUCGUAAAAGAGAAAGAAAAAAACAGUAUUGCCUUGCAGUUUGUUUUUUAACUGGAUAGUCUCAUUAGAAAGACUUGCUUUCAGUUUUAUGAAUGAGUUCUGAAUUUUUCUGAACUUCUUUCUUCUGAUUUUUUUCUGCCAUACCAGUGUUUUGCACCAGAAUUUGACUUAAUUCCAGUAAAGUUAGUCCUGUUUGUUGAGCUGUAACAUUUGUGUUCAUUUUUUACAGAGUUUAGAUACAUACACUAACGUGAAAAAUUAAGCUGUGUGCUGCUACAUAAUAGCAGUUUCUAUUUUAAUUUUGAAAAGCAAUCCUUUGUAUCUUUUUAGAAAUGGCUUAGACAUAGAGGUCCUCUCAUGCUCUAAUUCUGUGAUACAGUAAAACAGUAACAAUGUGUGUUUGGAUAGGCGUGUUUGUACUUUGUCAAAGGUCAUUUCAGGUUCAUCACAAGCAUCGGAAGCCCUGUAACACAGAAUCUUUAUUCUGUACCUGUCUUUGACUGGUAUGUGUUUCUUCCACUUAAUGUGAUAUGAAUAAAGAGUCAAUUCAGUUGUUAAUAUGAGAUAAUGGUACUUACAUUAGAUUCCCUCCAGUUAGCAAAAAGCUGUAGUUCUUCAUCCUGUCUAUUACAAGGGUAUGCUUUCCUUCAAGUUUCAGAAGUGCUGUUACCAAGUUCUUGCUCUCAGUCCAGAAGUCUGGCCCGUGUGCUUCAUAACCUGGCUGGUUUUAAGACAGUAGUUUUUAAUGGCAGUUACCAGGUUUCUGUUAGUUUCCUUCCCUGUCUCUGUGAGCGCACCAGCUGUUGUUUGGGGUUUUAUAUAUCAGUUACACAAGGGGUUAGGUGUGUACAAUAUAUACCAUGCAGUUUCCUGUUAUCUAUGAUUAGGCAUGGUCAGCUGUGCCAGCGUUAUUAGUCUUCAUCUCUUGGAAAUUUCAGUUGAAGACUAUGUAAAAACUUGUUUCAUGAAGGUUUUUUUAAGCUCUCCAUCUGAUGUUUUUAACACUUAAAAGUACAUAUUCGUUGGAUUGCAAGCAGUAUUUGCAGGUCCUCGUUCGUGCUAGGCCUUGUGGUAGGCAGCAUAUGUUUUCCUCAAAAACCGAUUAAGUAGGUUGGCACGUGUUCUGAAGCUGAGCUGGCCACUAGUGUCAUAUUCCUCAAGAACUUCACAAAAAUGUCUGAUUUUACGUAGACAGUUGACUUGUGAAGAACUCCAUUCUGCUGGAUCACUGGAAAGGUGUGCGUGCCAAGUCUGCAUACAGAAUGGUCCCUACAAAUAAUGACAGAAAUUACACCCCCUGAGUAAGUAGCUACUGUAACUGUGAAUUAAAAUCACCUUUUUAAUACAGUACUUUAAGCAUAAGGCCCAACCUUUUACAAUCUCUGCUACUAUUUCAUAUUAAAAGUUAAGAAUUUGAUUUAUUUUGGUGAUUUUCAGCUAUAGUAAUUGUCAUGACAGUUCCUGUUAAAAGGUUUGGGAGUCAUUUACAGUGUGACUGCCUGACAUUUUGCAAAAAAAUUGCAUUUUAUAGCACCGUGUUCUGUUUGCAUCCAUUAGUCUGUUGCUAUUUAUAGCCUUUUUGACCUUGUGAUUAGUUUUGUUUACUUGGUUCUCACAGGCUACCAUUAAUUUUUGGUUCCCAAUUGCAUAAAAAUUAAGAGUCUGGUUUUCAGAAGCAUGCUAAUACCUGCACUUGCCCUUAAACAUAAGGGCAUAUGUCCUAUAUGUUUAUAUGUCAUAAAACAAGGAAAAAGUUUACUUCCCUCGCCUCCUUCUUUCUACAUUGGGCUGCUAUUAUUGUAGUUCAGUAAAUAAAUGUAUUGUGCAUUUAUGGGACAGAUUUGGUUCAACUGUGCUUAAAUUUGUUCAGUUAAUAUGCAUUUUUGACAGGUGUAUGAUCAUCAUUAAUAACACUUCAAAAGAUCAUGCCUAGUUUUUUGUUUGUUUGACUGGGUUUUAUAGGUGCAUGGGUAUUUCCCUGUGCGUCAAAGGGGAAACAAAGGCUGAUCUUCUGAAGUGCAUCUUCAGUGGGAGCAGGACUGAGAGUUAUUUUGGUCUGCUGUUGUAUUGCAUGUAAACAUGAGAGGGAGUUGUGUCGUGUGAUGGGCCAACAGCAUGUUCCGUUCAGUGGCUAGAGUGUCUUGGUAAGAUUUGUGAACAAAAACUGGUUUUGUGCAUAUGUUCACAUUAAAGGUGUUUCUUCUCCCCGUCCAUACAUGUAACCGCUCAUCCUGUCAGAACACAAUAAACUAAAUGCAAACAAGA